ACUGUAUGAUUCUUUUCCAAAGAAAGAGAAAUAUUCAGACACUGGAAUUCCUUCUUCGCUGCGAAGAGUCAUGUAUUCUGAAAUUCAAUUAAACAUGGAUGAAUCUCAAAUGAAGUCGUUAAGAAGCCAGUCCUCCCUCAACAAAAAGGAAAGCGGACGUACAAAUGCCAGUUACGUUGAAGAGGCCAAUAGUAUCUCAAAAAGUGGACAUACUUUGGGUAAUAAUUUAAUUUGGAAUGACUGUGUGUCGUGCACUAAUGAUUCCACUGCCUGCUGCGCUUGUAAUUAUCUGGAGCUGCCGUCCUGUGGGAGUCAAACUGGACAACUCCACGAUUCUUCGGAUACGUCCGUGGAUAGAUUGUUGUGUUUCCAAAAAGGAACUCCAAAACUUAGUGUAGAAGGCUCAAGUCAAAGUCUCCCAAGUAGCAAUUUUACCGGAAGGAUGCCUUCCAAAUCUCUUCCGGGCCAUUUUGAUAACUGCACCGCCAACAACAUUAUGGAGGAAAGAUUUUCCCGGAGUAAGAAGGAGCGCUCCACCUUAUUAAUAAGAAGAUUUUGCAAAAACGAUAAGGAGAUUAAGAAAUCAGUUUACACUGGAACCAGAGCAAUUGUAAGGACUUUACCAUCAGGGCACAUAGGGGCCGUGGCUUGGAAUUGUGUUGCUCGAUGGAAGAUUCAUGCUGAGUUAAGGAACACUGGGAUUAUAUCAGAGCAGCUAAAGAUCGCACAAGUUUCAAUAAACCAGGCGUUAUAUUAUUACCUUCUGCAAUCUAUAUGGAAUGGGCUCUUCGGGUCAACCCAAGGAGCUGAAGAUUCUUCUUUGGACUACUUUCCCCAUCCAGUGAGGAUUUUGUUAACGCCAUGCCACCAUGCAAGUUGCGUGACGCCAUAUUUCCGAAGAGCUCCUGAGUACCGGGCUACUCUAGGUAGAACAUCUCUUUCAGACUUCAUCAGUGGAGCCUUACUCGAAGCUACUAUAUCUCUGGGAGCAAGAAGUGGCACCUUAAACAUUUCAGGAGGAUCAACUGGAAAGACAAUGUUGAAAGAACGACAAUUGAGUUCGUCAAUGGCCGCAUCCAACGCCCUCACUUCCACCGUCAGUAAAGAACUGGUAGAACUGCAGCAUCUCAUUCAGUUCCCAGAGGAAGUUGCUAGUAUCCUGAUGGAGCAGGAGGAGGAGCUUUACAGAAAAGUAUUGCCCAUUGAUUACCUCUGCUUCUUAACCAGAGAUCUGGGAAAUGCGGAAUGUUGGAACAAACUUGCAUCCGUCAAAGCAACUUUUCUCUCUGUCCCAGAUGGGGAACAGAGUGCUGUUGAAAAUUUGAUGACACGGUUCAAUGAGGUAAGCUCUUGGGUGACGUGGCUGAUCCUGACUGCAGGGUCUAUGGAGGAAAAGCGAGAGGUUUUCUCCCACGUAAUACAUGUGGCAAAAUGCUGCUGGAACAUGGGCAACUACAAUGGUGUAAUGGAAUUCUUGGCAGGCCUCAGGUCAAGAAAAGUUUUAAAAAUGUGGCAGUUCAUGGACCAGUCUGAUAUUGAAACCAUGCGCAGCUUGAAAGAUGCCAUGGCACAACAUGAAUCAUCGUUUGAAUAUAGAAAAGUUGUCAACAGGGCUCUGAAUAUCCCUGGCUGUAAAGUAGUUCCUUUCUGUGGUGUAUUUUUAAAAGAGCUCUACGAAGUUUUGGACGGGGCUGCAAGCGUCAUCCGACUUUGCCCUCAGUAUAAUUCUCAGGAUGAAACACUAGAGUUUGUUGCAGAAUAUAGUGGUCAAGAUAACUAUUUGCAAAGGAUAGGUCAAGAUGGUCUACAUGAUAUAGAAAAAGAAUCUAUGGCUAAUUACAUAUUUCAAACAAUUCGAAGCUGUAACCGAAGCUUGGAGUCCGAAGAUGGAGAAGAUAACUUUAUUGAAUAUGAAGACGGAAAUUCCAGAAAAAAUUCUUUGAAGGAGAAAACUCGCUAUCCCUUAACCAUUGGAGAGCUGUCAGAUUCUGAAAACGACAUAUUCGAGCACUCCAAAGAAUGGGCGACGCAGCCUGCUGAAGAACAACAAGAAGCUUUCGGCCACGGAAUCGAGAUAAUUCCGUGGUAUGUCUUGUCAAUCAGAGCUGACGUCCAUCAGUUCAUCUUGCAAGGUGCCACGGUUAUACAUUACGAUCAAGAAACUCACCUCUCGGCUCGCUGUUUCCUUCAGCUUCAACCUGAUCAUAGCACACUGAUAUGGACCAAGCCAACCAUUGCUUGCUGCGCGAAUUCCAAAAUUAAACUUAGCACAUUAGGUAGCGGCACUGAACUGGGAAAAUUUCAGUUUCUUGGCAGUCCUGGAGUAAACGGACUGGUCGAGGGUUGCUUAGAUCUGCUGUCAGCGAAAGCUGUGUAUAUGGGACACUCUGGCGUUGAUAUGCACGCGGUGUGCAUCCAGAACAACCUUUUAAACAUGACCCUUGAAGAGAACGGUGUAACGUUAUUAUGUGGACUUCAAACUACUGAGAACAAAUUGCUGCACUUUGUGGCUCCAAAGUACACCGCUAAAAUGUUGUUUCAUGGGUUGCUGGAAUUAAUUAAUGCUAUAAGGAAGAUGAAGAGAUUUCCUGAUCAAAGAUUACAGUGGCUGCGGAAACAGUAUGUCAGCCUCUAUCAGGAGGAUGGCCGAUACGAGGGCCCAACCUUGGCUCAAGCGGUUGAGUUAUUUGGAGGGAGACGCUGGAGUACAAGAAAUGCUAGCUCGGGAAAUUUGGUAAAAAGCAUAGAGAAGCCAUGUGUGCAAAGAAACAACACAUUAGCAAUCAGUGCAACAAAGAAGAAGAAGAAAGUGCUUAUGAGGGGUGAAAGUGGAGAUGGGACUGAUGAUGAGAUGGCAAGUCGAAAAGCAAGACCUCUUAAGGAAAAUCGGAAUCGAAGCGGUUCAGACCCUCAAGAUAUUGAUGAGCAAGAAGAACCAGAUCCAACUCUUCUGGUUACUUUUCCUGGUGCAAAUACUCUGCCUUCAAGAAGAACACAGUCACUGACUAAUUCAGAGCCACCUAGUUUAACGCCUGGUGUCUCUUCACCGGUAAGACCACAGUCUUCUCCUGUGAUGUCACUAUCAAUAAAAAGCCAACCUAGCACCUGGAGCAGUAGUAGCUGGCAUGGAAGAGGGAAGGGAGGAUUGAAAGGCUUCCAGACCUGUAUGGCUUCUGAUAGCAAUAUGAGUUUUGUUGAAUUUGUAGACCUCUUCAAGUCCUUCAGCGUACGAAGCCGCAAAGAUCUCAAGGAUCUUUUUGAUACCUAUGCCAUCCCGUGCAAUCGUCUGAGUCCCGAUUCAGCUCCACUGUAUACCUCCCUGAAGAUUGAUGAGAACACGAAUGGCUUCCAGCCUGAUUUAGAUUUAUUAACGAGGAACAUAUCAGAUUUGGGCUUGUUCAUUAAAAAUAGGCAGCAAUUAUCAGAUAACCAGAGACAAAUAUCAGCUGCUAUUGCUGCUGCAAGCAUUGUUACUAAUGGAACCGGAGUGGAAAGCACAUCUUUGGGAAUAUUUGGAGUGGGAAUACAGCAGCUGAAUGAUUUCUUAGUCAAUUGUCAAGGAGAGCACUAUACGUAUGACGAAAUCCUCAGUGUUAUUCAGAAGUUUGAACCAAGCAUCAGUAUGUGUCAGCAGGGGCUAAUGUCGUUUGAAGGAUUCACGCGGUUUCUGAUGGAUAAAGAUAAUUUUGCCUGCAUGAAUAAUGAGUCUCAAGAGAACGUAGAAGAUUUGCAGUUUCCACUGUCGUAUUAUUACAUCGAAUCUUCGCACAAUACAUAUCUCACGGGACAUCAGCUUAAAGGAGAAUCCUCAGUAGAACUUUACAGCCAGAUUUUAUUACAAGGUUGUCGGAGUGUGGAAUUAGAUUGCUGGGAUGGUGAUGAUGGCAUGCCUGUAAUUUAUCACGGACAUACACUCACUACCAAGAUAGCUUUUAAGGAAGUAGUUGAAGCUAUCGAUCGUAAUGCUUUCAUCACUUCAGAUAUGCCAGUCAUCAUAUCUAUUGAGAACCAUUGUUCUUUGUCACAGCAACGAAAGAUGGCGGACAUUUUCAAGAAUACAUUUGGGGAUAAACUGGUAACUAAAUUUUUAUUUGAAAGUGACUUUUCUGAUGACCCGUUGCUACCUUCUCCUCAUCAAUUAAGAAGAAAGAUUCUGCUUAAAAAUAAGAAGCUCAAAGCACAUCAAACUCCAGUGGAUAUAUUAAAACAAAAGGCUCAUCAGCUGGCGUACAUGCAGGCUCAGGCAACCAAUGGUAACAACGCAGGAAAUCUUUCCACUGCUAACGAAGAAGAGGAGGAGGAGGAAGAUGAAUAUGAUUACGACUAUGAGUCCUUGUCUGAUGAUAACAUUUUGGAAGACCGACCUGAGAAUAAACUAACCAUUGAUAAGCUCCAGUUUGAAUUUGGCGAAGAAAAUGCCAAGAGAAUUAAAAAGGCUGAUAGCACGGUGUGCAACGCUAAAGGAAAGGUUUAUGAUAUGGAACUGAGUGAAGAAUUUUAUCUUUCCCAAAAUAAAAAAGAAAGUAGACAAAUAGCACCAGAACUUUCCGAUCUGGUCAUCUACUGUCAGGCGGUGAAAUUUCCUGGCUUGUCAACUCUAAAUCCAUCUGGUUCUAGCCGAGGGAAGGAAAGAAAGAGCCGGAAGUCCAUUUUUGGCAACAGUCCAGGAAGGCUGAGUCCAGGAGAACCAACCAUACUUGGAAAAACACCUGGAAAAGGAACCUCUGAUGGCGUACGGCAGAUCUUGGAAGAAAUUUCUUCGCCUCUUCCCAACACAACGUCUCUGAGUUCCAUUAUAAGGACACCCAGGUGUUACCACAUUUCCUCCUUGAAUGAAAACGCCACCAAGCGCUUGUGCAGGCGAUAUUCUCAGAAACUGAUCCAGCAUACCACCUGCCAGCUGCUGAGGACCUAUCCAGCGGCCACCCGCAUUGACUCAUCCAAUCCCCAUCCCCUCCUCUUCUGGCUCCACGGAGUACAGCUAGUGGCACUGAACUACCAAACGGAUGAUCUUCCUCUGCAUCUGAAUGCCGCAAUGUUCGAAGCCAACGGAGGCUGUGGAUUUGUUCUGAAGCCCCCUGUUUAUUGGAAUAAGAACUGCCCCAAAUAUCAACAAUUUUGUCCUUUAGAACGAGAUUUUGACAGCAUCGAACCUGCUAUUUAUUCACUGACAAUUGUGUCUGGACAGAACGUCGGUCCUAGCAACAGCGCAGGAAGUCCCUGCAUUGAACUGGAUGUCCUUGGGAUGCCCCUGGACAGCUGCCAUUUCCGCACCAAGCCGAUCCACCGCAAUACUCUGAAUCCCAUGUGGAACGAACAGUUCCUUUUCCGCAUUCACUUUGAGGAUCUCGUAUUCCUUCGUUUCGCCGUCGUCGAGAACAAUUCCUCAACCGUGAUGGCUCAAAGAAUAAUCCCUCUGAAAGCUUUGAAAAGAGGUUACAGACAUCUCCAGCUGCGAAACCUGCAUAAUGAAGCACUAGAAAUCUCCAGUUUGUUUAUUAACAGCCGAAGGAUGGAAGAAAAUUCGUUUUUGAAUGCUGCGCCUACUUCUAUGCAAUUCAGCACAGCGGAAUGGAGGGGAGCCACAGUGCACAGGGUCACCAUACAUGGAGUUCCAGGUCCAGAACCGUUCACCAUUUUUCCCGUAAGGCAAGGAACGACAGUCGCUCAGCUUCUGCAUGAGAUUUUGGCUAAUGCAAAUGGUAUUGGAAACUAUCCCGCCGACUACUUUUUGAUGGAGGAGAAAUGCUUUAUAUCGAAAGACAGAAAUGAGUAUAGGAAGCCACCGUUCCAGAGGGUACUUGGCCCCGAGGAAGAGGUCAUCCAGCUCUUGAACAGCUGGUUCCCAGAGGAAGGCUACGUCGGAAGAAUUAUCUUUAAAAUGCGCGAGGAAAGUUUAAAUGCAAAGAAUCUCUGUCAGGAGGAAAAAGCCAACGCGGUCGCAGUCUCUGAAGAUGAUAGUUUCUUUGUUCAAGUUCAUGAUGUUUCCCCUGAGCAGCCCCGGACAGUCAUCAAGGCUCCUUGCUUCAGCACAGCCCAGGAUGUCAUCCAGCAGACUUUAUGCAAAGCCAAAUACUCCUACAGUAUUUUGAACCAUCCUAACCCAAGCGAUUACGUACUUUUGGAAGAAAUAACAAAAGAGCCAGCAAACAAAAAAUCUUCUACACCCAAAACUUGUCAGAGGAUUCUUUUGGACCAAGAAUGUGUGUUUCAGGCCCAGAACAAGUGGAAAGGAGCCGGGAAAUUUAUUCUUAAACUUAAGGAACAAGUCCAAGCAGGCCGAGAUGAUAAAAGAAAAGGCAUUUCCUUUGCUAAUGAAUUUAAGAAAUUAACGAAGUCAAGUAAGCAGUACAGAGGUUUUAUAACUCCACCUCUACAGACUUCUUCGGAAGGUCUUCAGAAUAAAGAUGACAAGGCGGCUUGCCACUUGACGUUUAGCGAUGCUAUGGAAUAACUCUUAACAGCUUUCAAUUCAGGUAUUAUAAAAUCACAACCACAGUGAAGACGAGGAGAUGUAAAAACGAAUCCUUCAGCAUCUUUUUUCUGUAACUGGAAUACGUCACUGAAAGAGAGAGGAAAAUCUUUGGCGGAUGGAAGAAAUCACCAGUGAGGCCGCGGAAGGGCGCGUUGAGGUUGGCUGUCAACGUGGUUUUGAUAAGAGAUGAGAGGCUGGUGGAGUUCUGCAAAGGAAAACUUGGGACUCUGAACUUUGAAAGAAUCCCACGGAAGAAUUUGGAAAUGGUUUUCUUCUUCAUAAUCAGCACCUUGGUUUGGGAGGGUGAAGCUUGCACCUUAUGUAGUCCCCUGCAAACAGAAGCCUGUUUUUUUUUAAAGAUCUUACUGUAUAUACUCGAGUAUAAGCCUAGUUUUUCAGCCCACU